AUGAAUUCAGAUAUAGAUAGAGAAAUAAGUGAUCUGGAAUCGGAUCAGGACCCUCAGCCGUUUGGGUCGCCAUCAAAGAACUCGAAUUUAUCCGAGGAAGAAAGGCUACAAAUGGCGUUGAAGCAGAUACAGCAGUUAGAGAAUGAGUUGUCGGAUUUCCAGCAGUCCAGUUACGAAUUGGAGCAAGAAUUGGAAAAAGAAUUGAACGAUCUAGAAACCAGGAAACAGGAAUUGGAGGAAGCACUCGAAUCUAAGCGUAAAGAAGCGGAGAAUUGGAAGGCAAAGUACGUGAGAUUAGAAUCGGAGUUCAAUAAUGUGACUAGUCGAAAUGAGGACAAAUUCAAGAACUACAAGAAGGAAUUACAGUCUGUGAGAAGCAAAUUGGUGAAUAUAGAGAUUCUCAAUGACAAUAUUGAACAGAACGAGCGGAUUCUUUCCAUUAACUUGAAUGAUUUGGAAACUAAGUAUAAUGACUCUUUAGAAAGGAUAGCAUUAUUAGAGAGCGAAAUCAAUUACAAGGAUGAAGCAUUACUUAAAGAGAAGCUUGACAAUCAAAAUACCCAGAAUCAAUUCAAUGAGUUGAAGGGAGAAAUAGAUAAGUUGCGUAGCCAACAGAAACAGAAGCUCCAACGCGAGAAAUCACAAUCAGGUCAAUCCUCUUCACUGAUCUUCGAUUCUACUGGUAAUGCUUCGGUUAGUGAGCUGGUGAGAAAUAAUAUUCCGAAAUCAAAUUCUAUCAAGCAAUUACAUAAUAUGAUUGAGCAGACAAAGUUCAUGGAAAAUAGGGUGGAAACCAUUAGAAAUACCAUUAGACCAUCAAAAAUGAGAAAAGUCAGCGGGAAAACUAUCAGAGCUGAACCGGUAGAACAUGAAAGUGAUAUGUCCUAUGAUGGAGGGUCGGAAUUUAAUAUUACUGGGGUAUCAAGCAUUGCCAAUAGCACGGGAAGCAUGGAUCAAACGGCUUCAUCGUAUUUCACCGCCCUAAGUAAAUCAACCACUAAUGAUAGUUUGAGCCACUCCAAAGCAAGAAAUAGAAAAGUCAGAAAGCUGAACUUACAAAAACCACCACUUCAGCCACUAGGAUCCAAGCCAUUUUCGGGUACCAAGGAAUUCCAGACCCAUUUCACGGAAAAGAAAACCACUCCUGCAACUACAAUUAAGAUGGUGUCAUCUAGCGUAUCCAGUACUAAAACGUCUACCACUUCUAAUUCGACAAUUAAAAAAAUAUCUAGUACUGCCCAUCAGUUAGAAACCAUUAGAGGAUCGCCUACGACGGUAAGGACAAGGGAAUUGAAGCGGGUUGCAGCAGCAAAUAAUUCAAAAACGUCAGAAGUGAAAAAAUUGUUUAAUAGCCCAUCAAAGACUAAAAAUAGACUAAAGGGAGGACUAUUGCCAAGCUUACGGAAGUUCAAUUUGAGUGAAAAGUGA